AUGCCAUUAAAAAAUAAAGUACUUAUUAUUACUGGAAGCGCAAAUGGGUUUGGAGCUGCGUUAUCAAGACGAGUUGUUCGUGAAGGAGCUAAAGCUGUGUUAGGCGAUAUCGAUCAAAAAGGUGGCGAGGCUAUUGAAGUAGAGUUGAAUAAUAAUAAUAAGAAGAAUGUCAAAUUCGUGAUAUGCGAUGUUCAAAAACGCGCAGAUUUGAUAAAAUUGUUUGAGACUGCUGAGAAAGAGUUUGGUGGUGUUGAUAUUUUGAUCAAUAACGCGGGAAUUAGUCGAAUUCCAGACUUGUAUGAUGGAAGUGAAACAUGGAAACAAAUAAUUAGCGUUAACUUAAAUGGGGUAAUUGAAGGAACACAAUUGUCGUUUCCAUAUUUUAAGAAACGCGGCGGAGGAGUAAUCGUUAAUGUUGCUUCGAUGGCAGGAAUUCAACCUUAUUACGUUGGAUUAUUCCCGGCUUAUGGAGCUUCAAAAGCAGGGGUAAUUGCGUUUACUCGUGCUCUUCAUGGCCUGAAACAAACAGCAAAUAUUCGUGUGAACGCAGUUGCACCUAUAUUUUCCGACACAAAACUACUUCGCGAAGGACUCGAAGCCUCCAAAAUGUUCAGACAACAAGUAGAAAGCGCCGGCACCGUAACAGUCGAGGAGGUGGUCACUGCCAUUGUGCAUUGUAUCGAGAAUGAGAGUUUGGUGGGUGAGGUUGUUGCUGUUACCCCUCGGAAUCAGCUUUUCGUGGUUCCGAAGGAGAAAGGAAAGUUUUAG